AUGCUUCUCUUUAUCGCAGGGUUGGCCCUUGUCGGGUCCAUGAUCCUCCUCUCCUUCGUCUACUUCAUCUUCCUCCUCCCGCCAAAAUACCCAACCAACAUCCCCGCGGUGCCGUUCUGGGUGGCCCUCAUCCCCUUCGUCCAAGACGUGGACCAAUCCGACAUUUUCCGCCGGCACAUCGAGCAGCCGCUCCGGAAGCACGGCGCCGUCAAGCUCUUCUUCGGCGCCCAGUGGAACAUCCUGGUGCACAGGCCGUCCUACCUGGCCGAGAUCUUCAAGGACGAGGAGCGCUAUCAGAAGAGCGGCAACCAGAAGAAGAUCCCGCACAGCGUGCUCGCCGAGUUCCUCGGGGACAACAUCAUCUCGAGCCACGGGGAGGUGUGGCGGAAUUACCGGUCUGUGGUCAGACCGGGUCUGCAGGGUAGCUUUGACGCGGAGAAAAUCACCAGCAAUGCAAGCCGGCUCUGCGAAAUUCUGCGGGAUGUGCAGUUGCAAGCUGGCAAGGGGGGCAUUCCGGUGCAGGAGGUUCUGCAGCGGUACUCGAUGGCCAACUGCUCUGAGGUGCUGCUGCAGAUGGACCUUGAUAUUCUGAGCUCUGCCAAUGUGCCCCUCAACGUCCUCCAGAGCGCCGUCAAGCGCGAGAUCUUCAAGCCUAUCUUCAUGAACUUCCCCAUCCUGGACCGCCUCCCGCUCCCCGGCCGCGCAAGGGCUCGUCAGAUGGUCCGCAAGUUCAAGAAUGAACUGCGACGUGCCUUGGUAGAGAGCCUGAGGCACAACCCGCUGUCCACCUCCGCCACCGGUUUUGAUGGGCUAGGCAGGAGGAUGCUGAGAGCUCGAGAAAGCGGGCAAUGGAACGACCAGCAGUUCCUGGACAACCUCACCAUCACGUUUGUGGCCGGCCAGGAGAACCCGCAGCUGUGUAUGCUUUCCACACUGUAUCUCCUGGCCAAGCACCCGGACACCCAGGCAGAGCUCUUCGCCGAGAUCCAGCAGCGGAGCAGAGAUGACCCAACGACCACCACCACUGCUACGGACCUGGAUACCAUGCCCUUCUUAACCUCUGUAAUCUACGAAUCCCUGCGCCUCUUCCCCCCCAUCGGGCAGCUCAUCAACCGCAAAGCGUCCUCACAUGCCCUGCUCGGCGACCUUGUCAUACCACGGGGAACCUACCUGGGCUACAACUGCUACUCGACCAACCGGGACCCGGCCGUGUGGGGGCCAGACGCCGAGGAGUUCAACCCAGCCCGCUGGGGCGACUCGCUGGGUGCCAUCCGGAAAGAAUACCGCCUGCGCCGGGCCAGGGCCGAGUUUAUCACUUUUCAUGGUGGGCGGCGUGCGUGUCUCGGCGAGAGGUUCGCAAUGCUGCAGGUGAGGAUUACACUGGUGGCGCUGGUGAGAGGGUUUACGUGGGGCUUGGAUCCGACGUGGAUUGAGAGGAUGACACCGGUAUCGCCGAGCCGGCACAAAGACGCGGCAUGCUCUCGGAGCCGCACUUCCACUCCAAGAAUAGCACACUUCAUCACCGUUCAAUACCCGGCCGGUCAAGGUCAACGUCCGUUUCGCGCCAUGGAUUUCUCCAACGAAGGCCACUCCUUCUAUCACCGCUUCCAGGGCUCCUUCCUCUACAAUGGGAGUGGACAGCUCCUGCACUGCACUGGUGAACGCAGGCAGUGGGUGGAGGAGAACUGGACGUCGCUGCGGUCCGGAGACACUCAAGCGAUGCAACAGACGGGUAUCAAGAUAUACCGGAGCCCCCAUGCCGUCCACAACAAAACUACUGCAGUAAUGGUCAGCACCGACUCAAAGAAAUCCCAAGAUGAACCCUUCGAGGAGUUCUUUGUCCAGCGCAUCCUCAGCCAAGCCGACCUCUGCGUGCUCUCGCACCCUAAGCCGACGGCGCAGAGCGACUCUACCACCGAGCAGAUCGUCGACCUCUUCGACCGAUAUCUCCGAUACGAAGGAAAAAAUGACAGAUGGGCCCACGGCGGCCGGGCAUAUUUCGCCGAGCGAGUCCGACACUUCACCACACAAGACGCGGCCAUCCAGUUCUGCCUGCCGGCAUUCCCCUGUAAGUCGUCCAACGGCGACAAGGUGACCGGCCCGGACCCCGACCGGGGCGAGGAGCUGGCCCUGGAGCGCCUCCACGGGUUCGUCGAGGCCAUCGAGCGUAUCUACCCGCCGGGCGCCAAGCUGUGGAUCAUCAGCGACGGCCACGUCUUCAGCGACUGCAUCGGAGUCGACGACGCGACUGUGGAUGCGUACGGCAGGAAGCUCAAGGCGAUGGACCGCGCCAUUGGGCUGCGGCGGGGCAACACCGACCGUAUUGGGUUCAAGUCGCUGGUCGAUCUGUUCCAGCUCACUACUAGUACUAGUACUAGUACUAGUACCGUCGAGCCAGAAGAGGGAGGUCUCACUCUCUCGGACCUUGCGCGCCGACUCGGCAUCCCCGACAUCGACCACCACGUCCGCACCGAGGUGACCGAGGAGGCCGAGCUGUGCCGGCGCAUCCUGAUGGCGGGCUGCGCACCGCGCAAGGCGGCCGUCCGCGCCAAGAUCGACUCCAGGGACGCGGCCGUCACGGCGCUCUACCGCGGCUUCUCACGGUUUAUGCUCGAGGACCUGGAGCACCACCCGCAUACCCGGGGCAUGACCCGGUCGCAGCGGAAGAAGCUGUCGGCCAAGGUGGCGUUCGAGAUGAUCCUGAUGAUCUUCCCUAACCAUGUCCGCCUGUCUAUCCACGCACACAACAACGCCGGCCCGAAAUUCGGCAUCCAGCUCUUCAACCCAGCCACCGUCCGCGCCGUCGAGAGCUUGUUACCAAACCGGCAGCUCGUCGCCUCCUCCUCGCCCGACCUGCUGCACAUCCCGACGCCCUGGCACAACUGUGUCGUGCAGCUGGACGGAAGCGACGUGGUGCUCGUGACCAAGGCCAAGUUUGCGCGGGCGGCGCUGCUGAAUAAUAAUAAUAAUGAUGAUGAUAAUGAUGUUAAUGGGGGGAAGAUUGGCAUGAUGAGCGGCGGGUUGAGAGGCAACAGGGUGGUUGAUCAUCAUACGGCGGCGGCGGCGGUGGUGGUGGGAAAUAGGAACGGGGCGGUGGUUGUCGACGCAACGGAGUCGGUGUCCGAGGCGAAACCUGCUCCGAGUAUUAUUAAUGUUACAGUGGCGGUCGAAGAGGAGAACUUGGAGAAGUACAACCCUGUUCCGGGGCAGAUUCCGAGUCAGGCGACCAACUGCUCGAUGAAACAGGCGGAUACGGUCCUGACGGCUGUCGUUCGGUGGAAUACCGCCGGCGGUGGUGGUGGUCUCCCCAUGUCGGCGGCGGAGUCGUCGUCGUCUCGGCCGGCAACCUGGCUUGGAAUCGGAUGGCUGCGACGCGCGAUGUUGACGCUGUUUUGGCCUCGGGGUUUGUAA